AUGUUUAAGACUUGGAGAAUACGAACAUAAAUACUGGUUACUCAAUUGAUCACGAUGAUUGUGUCUGUUACGAUCUUGGGAUUAUGUCUAUUUCUAAACUUUGAGGGGAUAUUUUAGGCUUUGUCGAAUGAUGCAGAGAAGAAAUUCAUUAUGAAUUUUAUUUAUCGACAAACAAACUCAUAAUUAAAUGCUUAUACAAGGAAUCUCGAAAACAGAAUUCGAUAGGGUAUUUAUGCAAUAAAUGAUAUCAACCUCUUGAAUUAAUAAAUUUACAACACGAGCAUGACUUUUGCGUAGAAUUCUGACAGAUGUCUAUAAGAAUCAUAUCUUAAUGGAAGUUUUGUUUUAAAAUGCUAAUAUUGUUACGGUGUUUUUGAUUGUUCAAAUCAAGUUCACACUCCUGAAUAAUACAGUUAAGAAUUUCUUUAACUUUCUAAUUUAUUAACAUCAUUAAUCCCUAUGUAAAUUUAAUUAGACAUGUAUUUCACUUCAAUCUCAAAAGAUUGCUACUUUUCAACAUAUCCAGGUCAACCCUUUGGUGAUUAUGUGCCAUCCUCAAGAAGUUGGUUUCAAAACCAUAUGGCCAAUAACCUUAUACUAAUUAUUUUGGAGGUGUCUACAUAUCUGGUACGACUAACUUGGAUUGUUGUGGUGGAUCUGAAUUUCUCAGAUAUUCAUCAAUUCAUGGAAGAGGAUCAAUAGAUGUUAGCUAUGGAUUCAAAGGGAAGGAUUUUGAUAAAAGUGUAUUACUUAUACAAUCAAAGUAUUUUCGGUUUCGAUUAAUCAGAUGUUAAUUUAAUACUAAACCAUAGUAGUGGAUAGAACGAGUAAGCAUGUGAAAUAUAAAUACCUCAAACAAUUUGCAUUGAAAAUAAAAACACUGGGGUUUUGUGGUAUUUCAGAGUAAAGAGAAUGACUGGUGAUUAUUAUGUUCUCUCAAUGUUUAAUUAAUCAGCCUACUCGAACUAUUUUUCAACUUUGAGGACAACACUUUCGAAAAUCUAUGCAGAAAUAGUUACAGAAUUUGUAUUGGGUUUACUUUCAAUCAUAUUGUCAUGUUUUUGUAUAUACAUAGGUUGUUUUGUUAUACUCUAAAAACCAAUAGAUAAGUUGAUAAAUAGUUUCAAUAAAUAUUUGCUUUAUGUCGAUCAUCAUGAUUAGUUAGAUAAACUAAGUUAGGCCUUUAUAAGAAUUAUGACGAGAUCUAUGUCAAAUAAGGAGAACAGAAAGAGGACUGUAGACUAAUACAUGAGUUAAUCUUAAUAUCCUAUCAAUUUUUAUGUAAAUUCCAAAAUAAUGAAUGCACAAACUAAAUUACUUCUUUAAGUAAAUUUUUAAAUAUGA